UAAAGAAGACAGGGAUCAUGAAAUGCCAAAUAAUCAAAUAAAAUAUUUUAUACCACCUAUUCCUAAGGCACGCCGGCCUAUAAGAGACAUUAGUAUAACUGAACCAAACAGUACUUAUGUUUCUAAAAAUUCUGAAAAUUUAUUGUUAAAAACAACUAUGUACAACACUAAGCGACAAAGUCAAGAAUUUAAUAUUUCUAACACUGAUGUUCCAUAUACUGAUGAUGAAGAUGAUGAAGAUGAUGAGGAUGAUGAAGACAGUGAUAAUGUAGACAGUAGUGCAAAUACAUUAUCAAAUAGUUUCUGCAUAGACUCUUUUAAUACUUCACGCAAUUCCUCUAGUACAAUACAUAAACGAAGCUUUAAUAGUUCAAAUAGAAGCCGGUUUGUUACUCCUGCUAAUAGUUCAUCUAAUUCACACAGAGUACAAAGUCAACCUGCUAAAGGAUCUAUAAAAUAUUACUUGCCUUUAUGUAUUGCUAUCUGUAUUAUCUCUCUUAUUGUUUUCCUAUGUGUACAAGAAGUACUUCACGAAGAUGAAAUAGAUAAAAAAACUGAAAUAGAAAGUAGUUCUUCAAAAAAAUUAAAUUUAGUUGAAAUAGAUAAGAUAUUAGAUAAAUCAAUGGAAACAAUUCAGAACCGAUUUCAUAAUCAAAAGGCCACCAUUUGGAAUGAUAUAUCAUCUGGAAUAUACAAUGUAAAUUUAUUUCCUACAAAGCCUACAAUUGUCAUUUUAUUUGGAAAUGAAACUGACACCUUGAAUUGCUUAGCUCAAUUACUUGGACAGCUGAGUGGUACAAUUUUAGGUAGCAAUGAUUAUUUAAUAUUAACACCAAAAGACUUUCCAAAGGAUGUUGGACAAACCAUUCAUAAUUUAAAAAUGAAAAUCAUAGAAAAGAAGUCAGUAAUAGUACAGGAUCUGUUGAGCAUAAACACAGAGGCCAUAAAAGCAUUUCACAAUUUCUGUGAUAGAGAAAAGCCUUUAGUUGAGUAUGCUGUAUAUAUAAUAACAGUGAUUGUUGAUGGGUACAAAUCAGCACAAAGGGAAUUAGAGUUUAUUGAAAAGCAAAUAUUUAAGAGAUUAUCAUCUCACAUAGAUAAGGAUAUUUUAGAUCCAUUAAUAACUAGACUCACAGAUGGAAUUAUAGUACCAGUCUUACCAGAAUCUGGCAUGAAUUUCAAUUCUGCAGAAUGUUCUUUUUCUGCAGAUAAUAAACUGUGAUUCUUUGUAAUUAAC